GAAUCCAACAUGGCGGCGCCCUGUAGCAGUAGUUAAUUUGACAGAAGAUGACUUAGGUCACAGAACCGUCUUUUAAUUCAUAUAUUAAUUAAAAUCGGAGCAGGAGGAGACAUGUUUCCAGAGGCCGCUCGGAGCCUAAAGGCCGCGGCUCCUGUCUUUUGUCAGUCCGUCUUCUGGGGGGAGGUGAGGCUGUUGGCGGUCACACAUGGAGGCUCCGGCCGCCUGCAGGCCCACAGACACUUCAGCAUCAGCCGGCGAACCGCAGCCAAGAUCCAGCCUCCUCCCAGACCCAGGGAGCGGGUGGAGAUCCCCGGACUAGAGAGGGUCACUUAUGCGGAGAGGAUGCACUAUGUGCCGGGGCUGUCCAAGCCUGUUAACCCGCACUGGGAGAGGGACUACAAGGACCCGAGAUAUUACAAGUCACCCCCGGUUCAUGAGAUGGUCCUGAAUAAAGAGGAACCGUGUUAUGUGUUUCACCAGAGGACCAACAUACUGGAAGGUAUGACCCAGGCUCUGUGGUUAACCAAAACACAGCUGAUCUCUGGUCUGACCCCUCAACUUCUUUCUCUGGCCCAGAAUCCUGCCAAUCAGAUCCCAGAUCAGGAUGAACGUGUGCAGAAUGCCAUCAAACAUGCACGUUUCUGGGACACAACAGAACAGCGGCCAUGCAAGGAGAGAUACAGUAUGACUCUGCUGCACAACCUGCUCCAUCUAUGUGCAACUCUGCAGGCCAGUCACCCAGCUGUCGGACGGAGGGUUCCUGUGGAAAAGUACUCACUGGCAGCAACAUGGAAAAGAGGUGAAGACCUGUUCCAGAUUCGGGGUAUGAACGGUUUACUCCAUACCUGCAUGGAUCCACUCCCAGCAGCCUCUGGGAAACAGGAAAUUGCUGACACUGCGGGUCACGUCCUAGAAACCUUCUACCCCGUCUCUCCCACCAUUGACCUGCAGAAAGUUCAAGUGUACAAUGAGGAGGUGAACAGCACAGGUUUCAGGGAAGACUACCCCUAUCCCCACGCCCACACUCUUUACUUCCAUGAUGCGCAGGAUCCUGGUUGUAAACUCCUCUCAGAUCAGUUAAGAGCAAAGAUGAUUAUGUUUGCUUUUGGAAACGCCUUGGCCCGUGCACACUUACUGUAUGGGACUCAACCUCAGAGUGUAUUGGAUCAUCCUGUAACAGUACAGGCGGUGGCAACCAACGGAAGAAUUUUCCAGUUCUUGGUUUUCCAGCUCAACAGUACAGAUCUCUCAGGAGAUGACGGCAUCAAGAACCAGGUUUGGGUGGAUAAGGAUGCUGAGCUGUACAAAUACGCCAAAGUCAGACCAUUAAUCAAGAAGAAACAAGUGGUGGUACCGGCUGGACUGGAAGGAUACAACCCUGAAACAUUCACCAAGUUCCUGGCUCUGUACCUGAACGGAGCUGUGUAGGACUCUGUAUGUGUGUUUGUGUGUCUGUACAGAAAACACCCUCCUCCUUUACAGUCAAUCAGCCUGUUUUCAGAGACUGAAACAGUGGCUUGUUUUCAUCCCAGUAUUUCUUUUUGUUACUAGAACACAAUAAAUAAAACUCAUUCUGGAUACAG